CUUUGCAUAGGACCAGUUUACAUUGAACUGUCAUGGGAUCAAGCAAAUUUGUCAUUAAGUGUGGGAACUUUGCUGUUCUGGUGGAUGUUCAUAUUUUGCCUCAAGGCUCCAGUAGAGACACCAGCUGGUUUUCAGAUCAUGAGAAGGAGGAGGUCUGCAUGCUGCUAGAAGAUGUGGUUGCUUCCAGGGUCAAACACUACUUGGAAGCUCCUAAACAACACGGUCAAGGGAAAUCCAUGGAUCACGCAACGUCUGCUCCUUUCUUUCUAACAGGCAACCGUUUUCACAUUGCUGCCCAGUUUAUGAAGAGAUGGGUCAAUCUUCAUUGUGCUGUGGGGAAACAAUAUCGUGAGCUACGUGUAUUCCCAGAAAGAUUCGUGGUUUGUAUCAGUAGACUUGAAUCUGAUCCAAGUGCUUGGACCUGUGAGAAUGGUGCUUUGAAAGAAGUUUCCAAUGGGAUGUCUGAGUAUUUUACUGAAUCUGCCGAGAAUGAAAAGCCUAAGCUUAGUGUGACCCAAAAGAUAAAGCAAGACAUCUUGAAAGAAAUUGUGAAAAGGACAAAAACAAGGGAAAGUUGCAUGAGCAAACCUCAAACAAGAAAGGACUCUAAUAAAGUACAUCCUGGCUCAGGGGACUCCCAGAAAGAGAACAGAAAGACUGACUGUCAAACUUCUCCCAAUCCAUCUGAUUUAAAAUGUGGGAGUAUAGAGCAACUAAAGGAUUGCAUAAGUGCAUCUGAGAGCAACUUAGAGCUUCCUGUUUUAGAGCUGGAAAAUGAUGUUAAUCAGAGACAGCCAGAUGAUGCUAGCAGCCAGCAAAAACCUCAUUCUGUGGAGUGGUUAAAGAUGAGACUUCUAAGCAAGAACCCUCCUUCUAGCUAUGAGUCAGCACCACUAGAUCCAAAACAAAGUCAAAAAGUGACUGAAACACAGGCUCAACAGAAGAGAUGUGGUUCAGAAGAAAAGCUAGGCUGUUCCGGGAAAGAAUUUUCUGAAGAGGCUCCAUUAAUUCCCAGCACUACAGAAAUGAGCAAGUGCAGUGACGAUUGUUCAGCUCCAGUCUUAGAGGAGAAGACCCCACUUGAUUCAAGAUCAUUUUCUACAGAAGACUUGACAAAAAGGGUAUCUGAUGAAGGGUCACUCACUCUGGAAGAAAAGCUCUCCAGACCUCUUCUUGAGGGGAGCAGUAUAGUGCAGACUGGCAAAACUGAGCCAGGCACAACCCCUGAAGAGUUCUCUCUGAUGCCUUCAGCAUCUCAUUUUAAAACACUGUCUAUGUCUCCAGAGAAGCUUAAUCAAAAAAGAAAAAAAGAGGUUAAAGAUGGUCUCAGAAAAUUAAAACUGCGAAGGCUCAAGAAGUCAUGAUA